GCUGCUUCGGUUUGGGAACCGAGGCGCGUCAGCUCCUGCCAAGCGGGCUGGAUUCCUACCGAGUUGGGACAGAAGAGAGAGAAUCCACGAUGGAGGGCGAUCCCCAAAGCAGAUCCCUUUAUUCCGCACCCUAAAAGGGCCGGGGGGGGGAUCGAUAUCUGCCUUUGCCGCCCUCUGCCAUGGAGCCUCGGAGCCGAGCCUCGGGGUGCCGCCGGGUAGGAAGCGACCCUCUUUGCCUCUCCCCGGGGCGCCCGGGGAUCCGUACUCGCGUGGGAUCCCCCUAGAGGCCACCCGCUGACCGGAAGGUAAUUUUCAGACAGAUCAAUGAAAACAAAACGAUGACAAGUUGUGGUCUACAGUCCUUAAAUACGCUGAUCGUUGUCUUCUACUUGCUCUUGCCAGCAGCAUUGUCCGCACAUUUCCGAGUCUGUGAACCAUAUACAGACUAUAAAGGCCGCUCCCAUUUUGGAUUCCACUGCCCACGUCUUUCUGACAAUAAAUCGUACAUCUUUUGCUGUCACCAUAACAACACCGUGUUUAAAUACUGCUGUAAUGAGACAGAAUUUCAGUCUGUUAUGCAGAUGAACCUAACAGGGGAUACAGAUGGAUAUAUGCAUAAUAAUUACAGUGCACUAUUAGGAGUGUGGAUCUAUGGUUUUUUUGUUGUGGUCUUGCUGGUACUAGACCUUGUGUAUUACUCCUCAAUGAACUAUGAUAUUUGCAAACUGUAUCUUGCAAGAUGGGGGUUCGAGGGGAAAUGGAUGAAACCGGAACCAAGCCGGUGGAUUAAACCUGCUCAGGACCCAAGACAAGUACAGACUCAGACUCAGGCUCAGCCUACGCCUCAAACAUCACAGGCAGGACAUGUAUUAAAAGGAGAAGCUUUAAACCCACCACUGAUGUCUUUUCCAAGUUCAACUGCCUGAAAAAAAUAUUUUGACGUGCCUCAAGAUGGGAGAGGUAAGAUUACAGUCCAAGAAGAGAAGCUUUAUCCAAGGCAGGAGGAAAUGAUCAAACGAUUAAGGAACCUGAAUGAAAGAAGGUGACUGUUGGUCUAGUCAUUAGGAGAGAACCACCACUGUGGCACUUAAUGGUGUGAAGAGAUCUUGGUGAUGAAGCAGAAUGCAAGCAAUACCUUGAAAAGAGAAGACAUCCAUUUGAAAGAAGACAGAUGCUUUGGAGGGAGUGGUUAUUGCAACACAAGACAAGUUGCUCCAGAGGGAAUCCAAACUCAGAAUGGACAAAUAUUACAAUAUGAACCUUUGGUAGAUAAUAGUUUCUUUGCCUCCCCCAUCCAUUAAAUUGCCAUUUGAGCCUAUCUUAAGUGUCAAAAUAAUAAAUACAGCUUUUUUUCCAAAGUUCUCUAGUGCAUAUUGUCACAGUGAGCCUAGAUCAGCCUAGAUUUUUUUCCUUUCUUUUUCUUCACACAAGUGAGGCCAGAAAGGAAGAGUUCCCAUAUUUACCCAUGGCAAGAUGGAAAGCUUCAGUUUCAUGUUACUGAGAGCACCACAGUGGCCUCUUGUACCUGUGCAGAUAGGGAAUUCAGGGGAGACCACCUCUUCUAUCUUGACCCCAACUGGAAAUAUCAGAGAAAAAUAAAUAUUGUAAUAAUACAAAGCAAUAAAAUAUAGUUGCCCUCCAUUAAACAAGGUCAUAAACCAAUUUCCUUAUUAUAAAAUACCUUUUGCCUGGGAAUUAAAAAUUACUACCCCCUCAGGAAUUUGACUGCAUUCAUGUGAAGCAGGCCUACAAUGAUUCUCUUGCUAAGGGUUAUGGCUAAUGCCAUGUGUUGUGCAUUCUGAGACAACUUCAAGUUUUACUGAGAAAUAAUUUGGAAGCAUGGCAGGUUUUAUGGGGAUUCUUCUAAAAUUCUUUUAGGCAUUAUUACGUAGAACAAAGCACGCAGCAUUUCAAAAGGACAAAUCAAUAUUGAAAAAGCACUCUGCAUUUGCUUAGUUAUUAUUAGGUCUUCUCUGGAGAUGUAUUCUUAUGAAGGAAAGCAUUUCACUUUAGAAUUUUUGUGCUGGAGAAAACCUGGGUAGUUUCUCUGCAGGAAUAUGGUAGAUCACCUCUAAUAUUUCUACAUGGACAGAAUAACAACAGAUGUAGCACCUCUGACAGGAAUAAUGCUCCUGUAGAGUCCACCACCUCUUGAAAGGGGCAGAAUUUUCUAAAUCCUUUGUUUUACCUACAUAGCAGUGGAUGUAGCCUUCUAAUGAACAGAGCCAAUUUAUUUUCAAAUCAUUGUUCAGCCUGUGAGCUUUCUGUUUUCUGGAAGGGAUAUUCCCUGAUACCGUAGCAGCCUCCUCUAAAGCACUUUUAUCAAAGGUGGGAGAAGAAAGGAUACAUUAAAUGCCAGAAUUUUCAAGCAAUUGGGUAAAAACAAUUACUAUAUGUUGGAUUUUUCAGCCAGAUUUGCCUUGUCAUGUUUUUUACCCCAUGCUUUCUGUUGGGUAUGAACAUGACAUAACUUUGACUUGAAUCAUAUCAUUAUUUCAUCCAUUUGCUUCCUGUACAAUUUGUCUGCAGUUAGAGGAGGGGAUUUCAGCAGGUGCAGCUUUUCACGAAAGGGUCAAGAAACUUAACAAUUUGUGAAAGUCUCUUCAACAUACACUUCUUAAGGACCAGGCACCACCCUGCCCUUGUUUACAUUCAUAUAUCCAACUUGCUCACAUGCAGACAUCCCUGCAGUCCCUUUCUCUUAAGUCUUUGGUUCUCCCUUUUCAUGAAGAAGCUUUGUCUUUAAACUUAGAUCAGUCACAUCUGUAUUAUUUACAUUAGCAUAGCAUCUCACGUACGAAAAAGUAAGGCAGGUCAAAUAUUGCCUUUCCAGUAUGUCUUCUGCCACAUAAGCCUUUUCUGAUAACAGAUACACCAACACAGAAGGCUUUUUAAAAGGGACGCCACACAUGGUUAGCUAUUCUACUAAUCUAAUUUAAGCCUGCACUGCACGUUUGGAUAUCCUGUUACCAUUUGCCAGUUAACAUUUCUUUAGCUUAAUUUUAAGUACCAUAUAUUAUAGUUUUCAAUUAA